GCACGUCGGGUAUUUCUUUGAUUUUUGGUUGACUUUUUAAGCUAAUUAUUUACUAAAAACCAUGAGUUUAGACACGCUCUUCCAACAAAUCCUUCUAACUGAACAACAGCACAGUGAACUGACACAAAAAAACAGAAAAGUCAAACUAGCCAUCAUCCAACUGAAUGAGGAUAUCAAGAGCGCCACGGAGAAGAAUGCAAAGACCUGCGAGGAGCUGGAGUCCAAGGCUCAGCGCUCGUCCGCGAUGGAGCUGCAUCGCGACCUGGCGAAGAAAUGCGAAGUCCAGAUGUUGAGGCAAAUCGAGGAGAUGCUCGUCCUGGGAAACCGACGACGGGACCGCCUCGCCCAGACACAGUUGGAGGCGAAAGAGGAGGAGCAGAACUUCCUCCGAGAGGUCUCGAGGUUCAACGCAGACUUCAGCCUCCGCGCCAACGGAGGCGUGGCGUUGGCGAGCCGAGCGCACGGCGAGCUCCUGGAGCUGCAGAGGGAGCUGGCGUCGCUGCACGAAGAGAUGGAGCUGAUGAGCCGCGGGAACGCCGGCGUGCGCUCCGUGCGGAAGGAGCAGCGGGCGCUGCAGAUCACGCUGCAGGGCCUGGACGCCGCGCAGAGAGACCUGGACCGGCAGCUGGCCGGAGCCGAAGCCACGACGCACGCUCUGCAGGCGGAGAGCCUGUUGGUGGGGCGGAGGCCGCUCACUGACGCCACCUGUCUGAGGAUGAGGAAGGAGCUGGAGACGCACAAAGAAGGAGAGCUGGAGAUUCUGCGGGAGGCGCUCAGCUCCGAGAUCGACUUCCUGAAGUCCCGAAAUGUGGACGGCAGCCAAGGAAGGGAGCAGCGUUAGGUUGGGAACACGGGGUCACGCGGGGUCACGGGUUGUCUCCGCCCUUACUGAACUAACGUGAAUAUGAAGGAAGCAGCAAACGGAGCGAGGUAAUCGAGGUGUGAUUGUGUUCUGUUCACUUUAAAAGUUUCAUGAAUGAAGCGCCUGUGACCGAUUUUUAUUUUCCCAAAUCACAAUGUUCUGUUUCAACUAGUUUGCUUGAAUGAGAAAUGUUGCUCUUGAUUUAUGUGCACGAGACAAACAGCAUGGAACAACUUGUACAACAUGCACCACAUGCACCACAUGCAUUUCAUUGCUCCGAGACAGGCGUUCAGAAAGUGGUUGUGUAUCGCCCACUAGUGGACAGAGAGGCACAUUGCCGCUCUCGGGGUCCUUGAGUCAUGACAGAAUCUUACAGACUGAAUUUAAAUCUAGAUGCAACUUGAAUUUGUUCCUAAACGUAAUUUCUGUAAACCGGCCAUUUCAAAGAGAUGCAUGUCUGUCAAACGUUGUCAUGCACUUGCUGUUGAAAAUAUAUUCACAUGUAAAAUACUUUAAUAAAUGAGAGAAAAUAAAUGCAUUUAGGUGU